AUGGCUAACCAAGCAAAAUCAUCAUCCUAUGAAAUUGUCCCAUUUGGUCUUGAUCAUAUUACUGAUCAACGAUUACACAACCUAUUUAGAGAUCUCAUGCAUCUGGAUCCUAUGGAUAAAAACGGACCGAUGAGUGGUUCAUGCGGUCAUCAAACUGAUCAAAUGGAAAAGUUUCUUUCCCAAACAUUCGGUUUCCGAAACAUACCUGGAGAAUAUAUUGUUCAAGGUGUAAGAUCAUUUAAAUUGGAUAACAGUGUGAGUUCUCUGAAACCAGAAACAGAAAUUCGCUUUCCUUCUAACACCACCAAUUCAUUUGCCAUGUCUGUACAAGAAAUCAUGAAUUGGCAACGUUCAUAUAGAGUUUAUGCUGACAACAAUAUUAGAGGUAUGAACAAAGAAUUUCUUAAGCGUGCUCUACAAGGAAAGAGUGAAGAUGGUGAAGAAGCCUUUCGUAUGAAAUUUGUUGUACGGAUUUCAACAUGUCCAAUCUUGAUGGAAUUCGAUGCUAAAAUUAUACGUCGUAACUUAAAUGACAAUUGGCCUAACCGAAUAAAACUUGUUUCAGUGACAGGUAUUGAUUUUGCCGGUCGAAAACAUGAUGUAGGCGACAUUCUUUACUAUGUAUCGAAUUGGAGAGAAGUUUUUCAAAUUGAUCCACAAUCACGUUUACCAUUAGUUUAUAAUGGAAGAGAUUUUUAUGUAAACGUCAAUGAACCCCGAGGCAAACUUCAUAAAGAACGUGUUCAAGACAGUUUGAUGCGUAUGGUUAGACUACGACUACAAGCAUGCGAUGCAGAAGGUGUUCAAAUUGUUGUUGAAACCGGUAUUGGACUUGGUGUAUUUGCUGGUAAUCAUAUUGGAAUCGAUGCAAAAGUACGAGCACUAUCAGCUAAAGCAAUUCUUACUGUACUCGAACGUGAUGCAUCAUUAUACAAAAACAUACGUGCUGUCAUAUUAGCUUUACCUAGAUUCAAUAGAAGUAAAUCGAAUCAUCCUGUUGCCGAUACUUUUGAUGCUUUUGUUAAUGAAUUUCACAAAGCAAAAUACAAUGGUCCUAUACCUGUACUCAUUGCUGAUCAAGAUAUGCAUCGAUUAACUGUAGCUAUUGCUCGUCAGGGUUUUAUUGUUUCUGAACUAAACCCUGCUGAUUCACAUGGUGUAUUUGGUGAAUAUUGGCAAAAUCGAGGACCAGCUGUAGAAGAAAAAUUAGCUUUGACAACAGUUGGUUUACUUGUACAACAUCAUCUUAUCAAUACAGAAGUUCUUAAUGAAAAUAACUAUCGUUUAUUAACAAUUAAUGAAGGAUCCACCUUAGAUUGGCUAGCCAGUGUGUCUAAUGAUAAUGAGAGAAUGACUACCAAUUGUUGUUCACAUCAAUAA